AUGAUUGGGGAUAUAACGACUUCCUCAUCGACUAUAGUGGGGUUUGUCUCGGCAUCCAAAAUGUGCAACUUAAUACCCAUUCGGAAAACAAAUUGUCUCCAUGUUGCUAGAAUGUAUGAUAGUAUUCUUUCACAACCCAUUACAGUAAGCCCAUUUUUGGUUGCAUCACUAACAGUCAAGAAGAAUCCAGGCAAUCCACCAAUGUCUGACCAGGAGAGAAUUGACCCGGUAAGAAAAAUCCCUUGUAACUUAGAAAACUUGACUUCAGACCCAAAUGUGUUGACCACUCUCUGGGUUCCCUCUGGCACUUUUCCAAAAAGAUACUUGAACCCUUUUCUUGUGGUUAAACAUAUUAGAGGUCUCGUUGUAUCAUCUGUCAAAUGUGUAAUUGUAGUAACUUUAAACAUCAGCGUCCCCUUUGCAACUGGACUAUUUGGCGUUCUAGGUUUGCUUAGUUGGGUAUUGCAAGUGUGUAGGUGGUAUUUCCCAGAAUGUAUAAAACUUGUUGAAAAUAAAGAACGAUUGGAAAAAGGGAAGGUAUUUUGA